GCCUACUACUCUCGGAUAUAAACAAAGGCAGGACGCAUAGCUGCAAUAAACUACACUCUCUUAGUAUUUUACAUGUAAACAGUACCGGGAAAUUGGAAACCGACUUAUCUAAAGAUGGAAAACGGGUUAUUGAUGCGAGUGAGUGUUUUUACCGACCAAGGAGGCAGGAAAUACAUGGAAGAUGUGACCGAGGUCAUAGUAGAGCCCAAGCCGGGAGAAGACGAACAGAGCCCGGGAGAGGCAGAAGACAUCAAUGGGGGAGACUUUAUGGUCAGUUCUCCGGCUAAGGACACGCAUCAGCACCGGACUGAUGAACCAGACACCCCCCCACCGGUUUCAGAUGCAACGUGUGAAACUGUGCAUACGACAGACCAAUGUGUGUUAUUGGAAACAUCUUUACCGGGAGGUCAAAACCCGCCGCGGGCUGAGCAGAGCCCCUCUGGUCCGUCCCGCCGCUCCGUUGCGUUCUUCGCGGUGUUCGAUGGGCAUGGGGGCCGCGAGGCAGCGCAGUUUGCACGGGACUAUCUUUGGGAGUCCCUGAAGAGACAGCGGGGCUUCUGGUCCGACUGUGACCAGGAGGUCUGCUCUGCAAUACGCAAAGGAUUCGUAGCUUGUCACCAUGCUAUGUGGAAAAAACUACCUGAAUGGCCAAAGACGCUCACAGGCCUUCCCAGCACAUCGGGCACCACAGCCAGCGUCGUGGUCAUCCGAGGGAACCGCAUGUAUGUGGCCCAUGUUGGGGAUUCAGCAGUGGUUUUAGGGGUCCAGGAUGACCCCUCAGUCCCAUUCAUCAGAGCUGUGGAAGUCACACAAGACCACAAACCUGAACUACCCAGAGAGAGGGAGCGUAUUGAAGGUCUGGGAGGAAGUGUUAUCAAGAAAUCUGGAGUGAACCGGGUAGUCUGGAAAAGGCCGAGGCUGAGCCACAACGGCCCAGUGCGUAGGAGCACCGUCAUCGACAAUAUCCCAUUCUUGGCAGUAGCCCGUGCUUUAGGUGAUCUGUGGAGCUAUGACUUCUAUAGCGGGGAAUUUGUGGUUUCACCAGAGCCGGACACUAGUGUGGUGAUCCUUGACCCCAAAAAACACCGCUACAUCAUCCUGGGCAGCGACGGUCUGUGGAACAUGGUGCCACCUCAAGACGCCAUCUCCAUGUGUCAGAACAACGAGGCAACGGCACCGUGUGGUGUAUCCAGUGCCCGGCAGCUGGUCAGCCAUGCUCUGCUGCGAUGGCGUCAACGCAUGCUGCGUGCUGACAACACCAGCGCAAUCGUGAUCACCCUGCAGGAGCCCGGGAGCUCCCAAGACACGCUGCACCAUGAGGAGGUGCUGCUUGACCUGGCCAAGGUAUCCCAGUGUCCUCCCACCUCCAUGUCCCGCGCUGGCACUCCUCUCCUUCAGCGACCUCUAGAGGAAGACACUCCCUCUGCCAUGUGUGAGCUCCUCCCUACUUUGGAGCGACAGGACGGACUCUCAGGAAGCAACAGCCUGUAUCUCAUGAAUGUGUCGGGCCCAAGCACCCUCAAUCCACUGUGUCCAAAAAGUAGUUCUGAGGUUCCCAGUCCCAUUGACAGGACAGUUGGCGGCAGGACCCUCAACAGAAAAAGAUUUCUUCAAGGAUCAUCAUCAUCAAGCCCGUCGACUAAGAAUGCCCGGCGCAGGACUGCCAAAAGGCUGCCGCUGGUGCAGCACAACGCAGAGAAAAAACAGAAAGAGUCCAGUAAUGUCUCACCAAUUCUCCAGCAGCAUAACUAGACUACAGUGUGUGUGUGCUAAAACACACCGCAGAAAUACACAUAAACCUGCUGCCUCUCACUGAUAACCUUGUCUCAGUGGCAUUUCUGUUUCUAAUGUUUCUCAAAGUGCAAACCAAGCCUUGCUAUAGAGGUUGUGGUAAGACUUGUUCAGCCCCAGUACAAUACCUAUUUAAAAGCUUAAUGUGAGCGCAUUUUCACAAGACAUUUGGUGUAUUUUUAUAAAAAACUCCUUCCUGGAAGAGAAGAAAAAAAGUAUGAAAUGAUGCUGGUGUGAAUAUAUUGCAUGUUAUAGUUGAGUGUUGCCUAAGUCAAGCUUUUCAUUUAAAGCAAAUAUAUAUUUUUUAUAUGUUCUUUUAUCGUUGGAUGAUAUAAAAGCUAAACCUCAUCUUCCAACUCCUUGACACUCUGUCCAAAUGCCAUUGUGUGCACACCCUGUGUUAAAACAUAAUUAUGUAUGUUCUGUAUGUACUUCUCAUUAUUUUAUGUAAUCACUGGAGAUGAAUCUUGAAUAUAAACGGAAGGUGCUUCUACAGUCACAAACCAGUAAGCUACUACAUGCUGUAUAUUGAUCUAUACAUAUAUGUAUGUAUAUGUAUGUUAGUCGCAUUUUUUCUUCUUUGAGUGUAUGUAUUUGACUCAUCUUGCCUUGUGAGGGUUGUUUUAGGUUAUUGAUUGCACAAUGCAUCUUAAUGGAUUGAUCCACACUUAAUCAUAAUAAUGAAUUUGUUAUGAAUUAUUGCAAUUUGUUUUUUUUAAUGUCAUCACAUCCCCUGAGCCAGCUCCAACCGUUCAUACAUCAAAUAGAGAUUUUCUAUGUUUCCAAGAAUGCCUAUACAGAAGUUGGUGUUUCUGGUUAAUUGCUUUCUCAUCCUGGUGUCUCUAUAACAAAGAUUUCCUUUGCUACUGAGGGACCAACACAACCAGAUGUUUACAAUCAUAAUUCAUUAUUAAUUUGUGCUGGCAGAAUUCUAUUGACGCAGCAAUAUGGAUGGAUGUAUGCCCCAAUAGUAAGAAAUGCUCAAUUGUAAGCGUAUUUGUCCCUACAGAUCACUUUGUCACAUGAUGUUUUGAAAGAGGCUGACUGAGGUUUCUUUAGCAUUCAAGCCAUUGUCCCUCUCCCAUGUAGCAGCUUCAGUUGUAUGGUUACUGACGUAUGCACAAGGCUCAUUUUUGAGUAAAUACACAAUGCAUGGACUUUCUAAUAGAAUAUUCUUGCACUAUUAUUGUGACUUGAUUUCCUUGAGAAGAGUGUUUUUUUUUCUAUCUCUAAAAUGGAUGGAAUUCGGAAUGGACAAGGAUCUAAUAUUAUAACACUGCAAAUGUAGUAUAUUUGAUGUAAAAUAAUCGAACAUUCUUAACUUGUUAGAAAGGAAUUCUCAUUAAUGUGAGUUUGCAGACACCGGCAGUGCCCUUGUUUGAUUCUAAUGGUUUUCUUAAAGAAUAAAAAGACUCAGAUGAGAAAUAUUCACUGUGAGAGAAAAAUGACUAUGACAGAAAUAAGACUUACAUGAUAAUGUUUUUUGAUUUAGCUUAGUGCAAUUUCUUCCAGGAAUUUGUAGCACUAUGGAUUGGUUGAAACAUGUUGCAUAAGGAAUGAUGACGUUUCCUCUGCAUAUACAGUCUGUUACUUUUCAUCCUUGUAUGAAUUUUCUAUGUUUUUAUUUUAUUUCUAAUGAAUCUAAGUUUACUGAUUUACCAUGUAGAAUAAUGACAUCCCUGAUUCAGAUGGUUGUGCUUACAGCCUAAAGUGCAUGUGUACAGUGUAAAUGUGAAAAACACUAUGGAAAUUAACCUAUUUAAAUAAAAAACAAGUGAAGUGUG